CUCCUGCAGUCUAUGUACGGGUUUUGCCUUCUUCGUCUUACAAUUCAAUCCGAUUCCUCAACACGGAGUGGUUUUGAUAUCGUGGCAAAAUGACUGCCACCCCAGAGGUAUCAUUCGCGGAUUUACCCGAUGCCUCACAAACCCAGAUGGAUUUUCAAGACUCUACGUGGUUCAAAACCCACGGGCUGACACGCUCUUUGCCAUCCCCUGAGGAUGUCAGGGCUCGAUGCCCAGCCCCCACCCUAGAUAACCCUAAACCAAUCGUUAGAUACGAGGAGCUUGAUCUACUUGUCAAAUUUGGUGAUCGUGUAAGAGUUUCAGAGGCAGUAUGUCUUAGAGCAAUUAAGCAGCUGUUUGGCAACCAGGUUCCCGUUCCAGAAAUCUAUGGGUGGAGAGUGGAGGGACAGCAUGUCUUUAUUUACAUGCAACUUAUCCACGGACCUACCCUCCUGGAGCGGUGGGCUACAAUGAGCUACGAGGAUAGACAAUCUGUGUGCAGCCAUCUUCAUGUCAUUUUGCACUAUCUUCGCUUAACCAAGCAGGAUUCAUCGAAUGAAUUCAUUGGCCAAUUCUUGGGAGGCCCAUCGAAGGAUCGGAUCCUAGAUUUUCAACCCUCCCCCGGGCCAUGGAAAUCUGCUGCGAGCUUCCACGACUGGCUAUCAUGGUUAUGGCGCCGCCGUGCUCCAGAACCGGAUCAAAUUGCUGAUCCCUGGAGACAAAUGUUGGACGACAAGAGCGAUAUAGUCCUCACGCAUGGUGACCUUCAUCGAAGCAACAUCAUUGUGUCAGCCACAAGCCCGGUCUAUGUUGUCGCGAUUGUUGAUUGGGAACAGUCUGGGUGGUAUCCGGAUUAUUGGGAAUACUGUAAGACAAUGUAUACUGUGCCCUAUCACGAGGAUUGGAGGAGUGCUGGAUGGAUUGAUUCGAUCCUCACGCCUCAGCCGGCUGCUCAAGAAGCAUUCGAUUACUACACGGAAGCGCUAGGGCUAUGAGCUGAGGUGAUGGGUCAAAGACUAUCUGUACGCAAAACAGAAAAUG